AUGGAAGUCGAUAUCCUUCCAGAACUUAGCCUCUCCAGCGCCAUUCUCCAGUUCCUUGACUUUAGCUUUAAGUUAAUGUCCCUGGGUAAUGGCGAACCAGUCGACGGACUGCCUAUAACCACCGGUCUAAAUGAAAUAUACACAACGCUACACCGACUGAGGUGGGGUCUCGCGAGUCGACUUGCAAUGAAGUGGUCAAGCGAUGGUUCGAUGUCAGUUCCGGAGCUGAGACUUCAAACCACUGCGCAGUCUUGUCAAGCCCUAUGUGAACAAUUACUCGCCGUGGUCAAUGAAUUACAGCUCCAGCACAAUUCUCCCCGUGUCGCCGGUUCUUUUCGUCUAACCUUGCGAGUAGUGUGGAAGAAGAAAGAAAUUGAUAUGCUAGAAGGACGGCUGGAGGCGUACAGAAAGGAGAUGACAAUCGUACUUAGUAUUAUCCUACGACAAUCCAGUAUAGUACAUGAGCUACAAAGGCUAAAGAACCAGAAUCAGCAGAUGGAAAUGAAACAGACCCGCCGGCUCAAGGAUAUUACGAACAGCCUCAGAGAAAUUAGGGAUCAGGUAAUUAGCGCGCGGAUGGGCACAUCUACUACUAUUGAACCUCAUCAACUGGCUCAUCUGGUCUUUGCAAUAUCCGACCUAGCGCAAAGCGUAUCGUACACCAGCAACGUACAAAGAUUCCUUCGGACACUAUACUUUCGAGCGAUGAAGGACCGCCAUACGAGGAUAAAAGCUGCCCAUGAGAAGACCUUCACUUGGAUAUUUGAAACAAAAACAGGAACUAUCACCGGCUCUUCAACAAAUCUAGGGAUACAUAAUUGGCUCCGGUCAGAUAGCGGCAUAUAUUGGGUCUCUGGUAAACCAGCAUCGGGAAAGUCGACUGUGAUGAAAUAUUUAGCCACUCAUCCAGAGACCCAUGACAGUCUGAGGUUAUGGGCGGGGAAUAAGAGGUUGAUUGUCGCUAGCUACUUUUUCUGCGGCGCAGGCACCGCCAUGCAAAAGUCGCAGGCUGGUCUACUGCAAACUCUUCUCUAUGACAUAUUUAGAUACCACCCGGAUCUGAUUUGCGUUACAUGCCUGUCAAGAUGGGAAGGUGUCAAAUUCGACCAGCAGGGUGACAGCGCAUGGUGUUUAGAGGACCUACUUGAGGCACUGAACACGCUUGUUGGCCAAACCACUAUCCCAUCGAAGUUCUGCUUCUUUAUUGACGGUUUGGACGAAUAUACGGGCGAUCAUUUGGAGAUUAUCAACCUGUUCGACUCUUUAGCUCAAUCAGAAAACAUCAAAAUAUGUCUGUCAAGUCGGCCAUGGGGUAUGUUUGAAGACGCCUAUGGGGCGCGAGCUGACCAUAAAUUGUACCUCGAGAAUCUCACCCAAGACGACAUGAAGGCGUACAUACAGAGUGAAUUCAGUCUUCACCCAGAAUGGGAAUCGCUAGUACAAAAAGACUCGCGCUAUCAUGCUUUCGUUACUGAAAUCGCGGAGAGGGCUCAGGGUGUCUUCCUCUGGCUGGUUCUGGUAGUUCGCUUACUUCGUGAAGGGAUAUCUAAUGGGGACACCUUGUCCUUUCUACAGAAAAGGCUAAGAAGGAUCCCGGGCGAUCUUAACAUGUUCUUUGAAUACAUGCUAGAAUCGCUGGAUCCAAUCUACGAGACCUGUGUGUCGCAUAUAUUCACGAUCGCCUUGACGGCUCCUGAGCCCCUCCCUCUGAUGGUGUAUACCUUUGUCGAAAGUGAGCUUGAGGAUGAAAACUACGCCCUCGUAGAGGGCGCUAAGCCCCUCGGUAUGCGAGAGACUCGGCAGCAAUUGGAUCAAGCCCGCAGACAGCUCGAUGGCAGGUAUAAAGGCCUUCUACAUGUAUCUCAACGAUGGAAUGACCAGCGUGCCCUGCGUUUUCGUGUUGGGCUUUCGCAUCGAACAUUCAGGGAUUUUCUAGCGGAUGAAAUGCAGCUGCAGUUCAGCAAUAACCUUCCAAGAAACUUCGACGCACAUUUAUCUUUACUAAAGGCGUAUGUGGCAACGAUGAAAAUGGUAGCCCGGACGAAGAAGCCGGAUGACUCUAUCGAUUUCCUACAAGCCUUCCGCGACGACGCCAUGUAUUACGCUCGGCAGGUUGAACUCCGCACCAAGCGCCCUACAACCGAGUUGUUGGAUGAAAUUGCUCAUGUGCUAGAAAGAUCAUUAUCGCCAAGCAGAACAAACGCCAUGACGGAGUGCAUUUGA